AUGCUGCCCUUCCUUAAUCUGAUAUUGCAAUCACUGACUCUAUGGCAAAAGGUCACCCUCAAGGAAAACGCUUCUCCGGAAGAACUCACCAAGGCCAAAGAAAAGGCCAAGGCCGAUGGAGGAGAGAUCAAGCACGAAUUCACCCUUAUUAAGGGGUUUACCGUCGAGUUCCCUGAUGACAAGGUCGGCGUCCUCCAGACAAACGAGCACAUCCACGUCGAGCAGGACAGCGAGGUCAGGACCCAAUGA